AGUUGUAGAUCACAGUGUGUUGUCGUCCAGUCAGAGUGCAGCUCUUAACUCGUAGCUGACCUCUAGGCAGACUACACUCUGGACCUGCAGCUGCAAUCUGACAUUAGAUUUUUCUCACACACUGGGGAUCUUUUUGUGUUUCACACACGAUGCAGGUUCCCACGUAUCCUCUUCUUCUUCUUCCCCUCUCCCUCCUGCUCCUUCAUUCUGUCGCUCCAGUACACGGAGGCCAUGCUCUGGUUUUUCCGGGAGAGUUCAGCCAUUGGUUGAACAUGCGGACCAUCAUAGAAGAGCUGGUAAAGAAAAACCACUCGGUCACCAUCCUAGUGCCCGAUGCAUCGCCUACUGUCAACUACAACAACAGCCGCGACGCCGCCAAGUUCAACUUCCUGGUUUUCAAGGUGCCAUACAGCAAGGAGGAAUAUUUGAGCCCCAUUGAGGAAUUCAUCCACUUCUCCAUGCACGACCCCUCAAUGCUGCAAGUGGCCAUGAAGCUGAUCGACUUCAUGGGGCGGAGCUUGGACUUCGGGAGGCAGCAGUGUGACGGGAUUCUAAAGAACGAUCAGUUGAUGGCAACUCUGCGGGAUGCCGCUUUCGACGUCGUCCUACUUGACUCCUUGGUAAUGUGUGGCGACCUGGUGGCUGAUGUGCUCGGCGUGCCGCUCGUCAUCUCGCUACGCUUGAGCUUAGGCAGUGUUUUUGAGCGUCACUGUGGCCACGCUGUGUUUCUGCCGUCUUAUGUCCCGGUAGCUCCUGUGCUGUACAACGACCACAUGACGUUCACGGAGAGACUAAUCAACUUGGUGACAUAUGUGGCGUCAUCAGUGCUAACCGAACUGGGCUGGAAGCUGACGAUGGAUAAAUACUACAGUGAGAUUAAAGGAACUCCCACCAGUGUGUGUGAGACUCUGGGGAAGGCUGACGUGUGGCUCAUCAGGACGUUCUGGGACAUCGAUACGCCACGGCCAACCCCACCCAACUUCAAACACGUGGGUGGUCUGAACUGCAGACCCGCCAAUCAGCUGCCAGAGGACCUGGAGGCUUUUGUGCAGAGUUCAGGUGAUCCUGGUGUAGUCGUUGUUUCUUUUGGCUCCAUGGUACCCAAUCUGACGAUGGAGCGCACCAACGUCAUCGCCACCGCCUUAGGACGAAUCCCUCAGAAGGUGAUUUGGCGUCACCGUGGUGAAGCUCCACCUGCACUUGCGCCAAACAUAAAGAUUUCUGAUUGGAUCCCUCAGAACGAUCUGCUCGGUCACCCGAAGACACGAGCAUUCGUGACUCAUGGCGGCACUAACGGUCUGUACGAAGCUGUGUUUCACGGCGUGCCUCUGGUCGGCUUGCCGGUGUUUGGCGAUCAGUCUUAUAAUCUUAACCGUAUGAGCCACCUCGGCACUGCCAUCGUCCUCGACUUCAACAAAGUGACAGCCGAGGAGCUGGCAGAAGCACUGCAUGCCAUCGUCAACCAGCCAAGCUACAAGACCAGCAUGCAGCGUCUGUCGGCGGUGCACCGCGACCAGCCGGUGACGCCACUGAAUACUGCCGUCUUCUGGUUGGAGUUUGUUAUGCGACAUGGUGGAGCUAGGCAUUUGCGGUUGGCUUCACAUAAUCUGAACUGGUUCCAGUACCACAGCUUGGACACAGGCGCUGUCCUGCUCAUCACUUUGAUGACUGCCGCUGCUUUGUGUUGGGUGGUCAUACGCUGCUUCCUGCAGCAGUGCAGACGACGAGGAGGAAGAGAGAAGGAGGACUGAAGAAAGAUAUUUUUGAAGUGCAUACCUCCACCUUUAUAGGCUCUCUUCCACCUGCUGCUUCCUCUGACUACAGAUCAAGACGUCAUCCGCAAAAACAAUAUUCAACAGAGACCCCCACCUGAUCUCAGCCUGUCCAUUAUCACUGCAAACACAGAAGGGGCUCUGAACAGAUCCCCGAUGUGAUCCCACACCCACCUUGAACUCAUCUGUCACUCCUACAACAUACCUCACCACGGUCUCAUUUUGAAUCUGAAGUUACACAGAGACCAUCAAAAGCUUUUUCUUUACCCAACAAGCAUCAAUAAGACAGAUAUUUAGGAGUAAACUGUUUGUAACUUGUCCUUUAAAAUGCACACGCAGAAAGUUGAUGACUGCCUUCAAGUGCUGAUUAAUGACAGAGUGAAUUAAGGCAGAUAAGGAAAACAUAUCCUGAAUAUGUUAAACACGCUUUGUUGUCCAGAUCAAUACACAAACACCGAGCCUGGAUGCAAUGAAAACCAGUUAAAAACAAACCUGGUAUCAUCCACCCCAGCGCUGUUUUUCAAAACACCCUUCACAGCAUGAAACCUGCAAUAAAUCCAGUCAGCACGACACAAGGCAGAUCAUCAUGAAACAGGAAGGAGAAGAAGUUUAGUUUAAAAGAUGCCGGGCUUUAAUCGAGGGCCAGAAAGACGCCAGAAGGCUGAACACUACAAGUGUGCUGGCUCUAAUGCCGAAUCCUCGGGAAAGCAUCAAAACACUCUGCCCAUUACUGAACACACUAACGAAGACAUGCCAACAAGCCUCAUAUGCUCUAUGUGUGUGUGUGUGUGUGUGUGUGUGUGUGUGUGUGUGUGUGUGUGUGUGUGUGUGUCCUCUGUAGUGGUCCACACAUGGAAUCUAUAAUUCCUGAUUCAGCCUCCCCACUUUUUCUUUUAACUUUCCUCAUGAAAGACAAAACAGCCACGACUUUCUUCAGAGAUGCGGAAGGACACACACGGAGAUCAGCCAGAAAUAAAAUGAACAGAAACACAAACAAGAUGAAGACAGAGAAGAAGAGAGCCAUGUACCAAACAAAAACAUCAAUACGGUGACCACCAGAGACAACCACAGUAGAACAACAGAGAGGCGCUGGGACUGGACAGACCACAGGGGCUCGUGCUGUGUGAUGUGGCCCGGCAGCAGGCUCUCUCCCUGGGCACGAUGAGUGUCUGUAGUGGUCUCACGGGCUGGAGGGGGUGACCAUCCUGAACUAAUUGGAUCAUCCUUACAUGCAUCCUGAUCCUCUGAGUCAUCACAAAUUCAGCUUUCAAAAAGCCAUGUCCUAUUAGCUGUGGUUUUGUGGUUGGUGUGUGUGUGUGUGUGUGUACCAUGACAUGAAUCGUGUGCCUCAAAGCCUUCUGUUCUUUCUCAACAUUAAAUAAAAAAAAGGGGUGGUGGGGGGCAAUGCUUCUUUCUGAGUUAAAUGUGUUAGAGGAGCUUUUGCAGCUAACGUGUUUGGUGCAGUUCUGCUGUGCCUACAGGUUUUCUUUGUGCAGGACUGGAAGUUUAAUUAUUCAAACCGACAGCGAGGACUAAAAGAAGGCAGUGGACUCAAACUGGUAUUUGUUUGAUGCUUACUGGGAUUUGAGAGAGGCGUGAUUGUGAAUGUCAGAGUUUCUUUCACUAAUUUCAGAUCAAUUUUCAAUCUUUUCCUCAUAAGUUUUUAAUGUGAAUGUUUAUGUAUUUGAAGUCCGUGUGAAAUGACAGCAGUCCAGCACAGCGGGCCAUAGAUGAACGAGGAGAGGAUCUUAAAGGGGUGAAAUAAUAAAUCAACCAUGUUUUUUUUCUUCUUCUGAUAACUUUUUGGCUGAACCUCACUCAUGAUAUCAAGGGUUGAUUCCAUGUGCUGCUGAAGAUGCGUGAAACAGUUAUUGUACCUUGUAACCUGUAAUUGUCUUUUCUUUAUUAAAAAAACCCCAAAAAAACAGUGUUACUUAAACACAGA